CGUUGUUGUCACUUUUUCCACUCAUAGUGUGCUGCUUCGUUCGAACGUCGCUUCAUUCCACCACUGUUCUGAACCACUGCCUUCGUCGUCUCCCUUGUCAUCUCUCACACUAAGUCUCGGUUCUCAGGCUUUCCUUCGAUAAUUCAAACUUUUAGGAUUCUAGUUGGGACUGGAAGGGCAUGCUUUGAGGCAUUGAGGCCCUUGGCUUAUAGUGUUUUGGCAGAGAUUGUACAUCAUGUCCGGCAAGAUCUUUCCUUAUCACAGAUUGCAGCUGAAUACUGAAGUAUUAUAAAGGGUGGAUGAGACAUUUGAAUUCGCAUGCGAGAUUAUUUGGAGAAAUAACAUUUAGAAAUGAUUGUAAUAGCGCAAAAACUCUCCCCUUCAAAACUUAAACCACUCUUUUAUAUGUCAUUCCUUUGUGAAUGCAGAAACCAUUUCCACUCAAAUGUCUUUCCAACCUUAAUAGCAUACUCAAAACCCCAUAUUCAAAACUCCACAAAAUUUUCACCUCAGCCGUGGGCUAAUCUGUUUAGGUUUUGCUCUUCACAACAUUCAAAUUUAGCUACAAAACAGAAUUUUUCCCUCUGUCGUGAUGGUAAUUAUGAUGAAGUCAAUUCCCAAUCUCUUCGUGUUUGCCUUGGCUGUGGGAUUCAUAUGCAAGAUUCAAACCCAAAACAUCCCGGUUAUUUUAUCAAACCAUCCGAGAAAGCAAGUUAUAGACUUUAUAACAAUCUGGAACCCAUUGCACAAGAGCCUGAGUUCUCCAACUCUGUUAAAAGGGGGUUUGUUAUUGAACCAGAAAAGCUUAAUGUUGAUGAUCUAGGCUUGAUUAAGAAACCAGAGAAGCCUGUGGUAUGUGCACGCUGUCAUUCGUUAAGACACUAUGGGAAAGUGAAGGAUCCUACUGUGGAAAACUUGCUACCUGAUUUUGACUUUGAUCACACUAUGGGUAGAAAGUUGGCAUCAACAAGUGGGACCCGGUCUGUGGUGCUGAUGGUUGUGGAUGUAGUGGAUUUUGAGGGGUCGUUUCCAAGGAAGGUUGCGAAGUUGGUUUCUAAGACAAUUGAGGACUAUUCUGCUGAAUGGAAGCAGGGUAAGUCAGGAAAUGUGCCUAGAGUUGUGCUUGUGGUGACAAAGAUAGACUUGUUGCCUAGCUCAUUGUCACCAACAAGGUUGGAGCAUUGGAUUAGGCAGAGAGCAAGAGAUGGUGGGAUUAAUAAGAUCACUAGUUUGCACAUGGUUAGUGCACUGAAGGAUUGGGGACUGAAGAAUCUUGUGGAUAAUGUUGUUGAUCUGGCUGGACCUAGGGGUAAUGUGUGGGCUGUUGGGUCACAAAAUGCAGGGAAGAGUACUUUGAUAAACGCUAUAGGGAAGUAUGUUGGAGGGAAGAUUACACAUCUGACCGAAGCACCUGUGCCAGGGACUACACUAGGCAUUGUUAGAGUGGAGGGUGUUCUUCCAAGUAAAGCAAAACUGUUUGAUACACCUGGCCUUCUUCAUCCAUACCAGAUUACAACGAGGUUGACGAGGGAUGAGCAAAAGCUUGUUCAUAUAGGAAAGGAAUUGAAACCAAGGACAUACAGAAUUAAGGCUGGCCAUUCUGUUCACAUAGCGGGUCUGAUGAGAUUGGAUAUAGAAGACACGUCCGUGGAUUCUGUUUAUGUCACAGUGUGGGCUUCUCCUUAUCUUCCACUGCAUAUGGGUAAAAUAGAAAAUGCACGGAAAUUGUUCCAAGAUCAUUUUGGCCACCAGUUACAGCCACCAAUUGGAGAAAAGCGAGUACAAGAACUGGGGAGUUGGGUGAGAACAGAGUUCCAUGUUAGUGGGAACAGUUGGGAGUCAAGUUCAGUAGACAUUGCUGCUUCUGGCCUCGGGUGGUUUGCCAUUGGACUUAAAGGAGAUGCAGUGUUAGGUGUUUGGACUUAUGAAGGAGUUGAUGUUGUUCUUCGUAAUUCUUUAAUACCCUAUAGAUCACAUACCUUUGAAGUUGCAGGAUUUACAGUAUCCAAGAUUGUCUCCCAGUCCGACCAAACUUUAAAUAAGUCAAAAGAACGAAAUGACAAAAAGCCAAAGGGAAUAAACAAUUCAAAAGUGUCAAACCAGUUCAUUGAAUCACCUCUUUUGACUUUUGAUGGAGUCAUGCAAUAGUGGUUGUCACUUUGACCUCUGAUGGAGUCAUGUAAUAGUGGUGUCACUUUGACCUCUGAUGGAGUCAUCAUUUUGAUUUCUGAUGGAGACAUGAAAUAAUGGUGUCACUUUGGGAGAGCCAAAGGAUAAUUGAAUAUCAUGCCAUAUAAUUUUAUAUACAGUACACCAGAUGAAUCAAGAGUCAAAACAUGUAAUGCCAAGCUCAUCAGUAUCUAAAGUUCAAGCAAAUGGAGGGCAGAAGCCAAGAGUUGAUGCUUAAUGAUGUGGAACAAGAAUAAAAUGUGGCACAAGAUAGUUUACCAUGACUUAUCAUUUUAUUUUAAUUUAAUAUUUUAUAUUUCUUUUUGCGUUCCAGAUUGGAAUUGUCUCAAUGUUUUGAUCCUUCCAAGUUAGUUACACUAAUUGAGAAUUCAAGCAGGUCUUGUCUGAGAAUUCAAAUUUUAUUUUUAUUUUUUGAAUUGGAUUCUAAAUAUCGAUCUCAUUGAACUCGUAGGUUACUGUA